AUGUUUAGCUUUUGUUUGCUUGCUAUAAAGCUGUUAAAUGAUCAUGUAAAUAUCUUUUCUUCUGAAAAAAAAAUGUUCCAUGCUUACAUCUCUAAGGUAACAGAGAGAGGUGACAGCCAUCAAGAUAUAUGACAGUUGCUCUUUUAAUUCUUUCCAUUUGCAUCUCUUUUUUGUGAUUUUCACCACGUUUUUUGUUUAGGUUUUGUCAAAUUCUUUCUAACGGUAUUUGCUUGGACUCUGUGUGGCUAUGGUAAACAGAAUCUUUGUGUCUUUUGCAGUUUUCUUCUUUUUGAAAGUGCUUGUUAUGUCACUGUACAACUUCUCACAGCGUAGAAUAAGGAAUUUUUUUUGUCUCGAAUGCACUUUUUAAAAACUUCGCACGUUCUGUGAACCUGCUUUGAAAAUUGACACUUCAUUUUCCAUCUGUAUGUUUACUGUAUAUUUGUUACGCAAAAACAUACCCUAUGAGAUUGUAUCUUUAAGCUUGUUUGUGUUGUGGCUCACUGCAUUACAUGACAGCAAGAAUGAACAGCAAGCAAAGGUGACAAAGAUGGGGGCUGAAAUCUAAACAGUUUGCAGACAUUGUUGUAACCUGCCUCAGUCUCAAGAAGAGGUUGCAAUAGUGGCAUGAUGGCGCUCAUGAGAGCAUUUGUUGAGUCAAAAGAUCAUAAAACACAAUUUCAGUCUGUGCAACUCUAGAUAUAUCAGAGCCGAUGAGCAGAUAACUUUAAUUUAGAUAUUUGUGAUUAAUAAACAAACAGUACUUACAAUUAGAUUCAUGGUUUGUUUGUAAGAUGUUGGAUGUCAUGUAAAAACCACUUCAGAUCUGACCUUUAACUUACAUUUACCUAACCUUUAAAAACUGCUGCUGGACCUUUAGAGUUGACAUUUUGAUAGCCUACUUAUAUGCCCUGUGAUGUGAAUAUUUAUUGACCUUGAAGAGCAAUGCUUGAAGAAUCUCAUCCGUCAAUACAUGUCAACAUUUCUCCUAUAUGCAUGACUUUAAUUUACUAAUUUAGAAAUUCAGGACAGACUUUUAAAUAAUCCAUAAUUAGUGAACUUUAAAUAUUAGUCAAUGGGCUGAACUCAAUGAGUGUAAAUUCUCUCGUUAUUAAGUAGAAUCCUUAAAUGUCACAAAACAAACCUGCAAAUUUCUUCUCUAUUUUGGCUGGGCUAAAGUGAUGUCGUCAGUCUACUGCAGCAGUGUGUUGAGCGGUGCUGCCUGAUGAUGCACAAAUAAUUUGGUGCAGAUCUGAUGAUGUAUCAGUGAGAUAUAAUUGUAAAGGAUGUCAAAGGUCGAAGUGGAGUCAAAUUUCAAUGUAAUCCAAAUGGUCCAUUUAAAAAUUGACAAAGAUCUUUCAUAUCCAGUUUGAUACAAAUCGGAUCAUGACUGUGUGAUUUAGAACCAACCGUAUACAAAAGAUAUGGUAGUGGAAUUUGCCACUUUGCCACGCUCACAUGCACCAUUCAACAGUCACUGUUCAGUACAUGAUUUAACAUCACCUAUGUCAUCAGACACGGCUUGAAAGUUGUAAGUGUGAGUGUGUACAAGGAGGACACCCAUCAACAGGACAUGUGACUUCAUGUAAUAAGUAGGUGGGGCUAAAGUGAUGUCACUAAAUGACCAUGUAAAUGUGUUAAGAGCUGGUCUGUAAUGACACGCAAAAAGUUUUAUUGAGCUCUGGCCUUGUGUGUGGACGUUAUUAGAGGCUUGGUCACUUGUACAUGAUUUGAUCCAGCAAAAAGCUUUUGAUAACUUUUGGUCUUCAGUACCUUAAGAUUGUGUUGAGUCACUUUGAAGUCUGUAAUUCAAAAGCUGUAGGAGAAGUUCACUCAGAUGCAAUGUGUGUAAAACAGACAAAAUGGCAGCUUUGAUCCAAAAUGGCCAACUUCCUGUUGGGUUUGGACAAAAGGCUCAAGGGACAAUUUUGUAAGUUUUGAGAAGUUACGUGUCUACCAAAUUUCGUAGUCUUGGGUCAAAACAUGACUCGUUAUAUUUAUUGUAUUAAAAACUAAAUAAAAAUAUACAUAUGCAUGUUGUUUUAAAUGGUACAGUAUAGUUGAGCUAGAGUCAGUAAGUCCAGGAUGAAUGGUUAGAUAAAUACUAGCUUUGUAUAAACUUGACAAUGUGAGGGAGGCUUAUUUAACUUAAGCUGACAAUCUCCCCUACAACAAAGACUGGGUAAUAGUUCCGAGUAAUUUAAUCUGCUCAAUAUUUUUGGACUCAGGCUACAUAAGCUGCAAUCCUGAUCUUAAGUGGUGUGCAUUAUAAUAUAUUUUAUGGUCAAAAACGUGUUAUGAAGUUUGUUUUGUGAUUGCUUGAGGCUUUUUUCAAGAAGAUUUGAUGUUUGUCCUUUAAAUUCCUUAAAUAAAGAGCUCUUUGUUUAGAAAGUGGAAACAGGACUCAGUGAGAUCCUAAGAGUCCACCCUUCACAGGAACAGAGGAAUGCAGAGUUACCUAGAGGUCGGAUUCAUAAAAGUGCUUGAUGUUAAACCCAUAGUCUGAGGUUGGCUUGUUUCUUUUCUCUCUCUCUUGUACACAGUGUCCACAGCUACAGCCUCCACCACUCCUCCUGAAAUUUGAAUAAGUCAGCACCAGCUUGGGAUGUCAUUUACUAACAAACAUGAAUGCUAUGCAUUAGAAGGCAUUUCUUGGACUGCAGAAGAAAGCAACGUUACCUUCAGAAACAGGAUCUGUGACAUUGUUCCUCUUCAUGGGCACAGAAAUCAUCAGUCCCAGAUGCUUGACGGGGCGCUUCCUUUCUUUCAUCGAGGAUUUUUACUAGGCGGCAAAUGUUUUUGUCAUCUUUGCCAACAAGAAGAAGCCACCUUGCUGAGAGGGCGUGGGAAUGUGCUGACAAAUUUGGCUGCCAAUGAGCUGAGACACAGUGGGAAAGUCAACCAGCUCUCCGCAGAGGAAUACGGUUGAUGUGUUGGAUUGGCUUGUUGUGACCAGGAGGACAUAACACCGCUUCAACUCUCUCAUAGAGUGCCACGUCACUUCAGGACUCCAUGGACUUGCUGCAGGACUCCAGCCACACCAUGUGGGACCUGAAUACUCGACUAAAAAGUUUCAUGGAGCAGGUUAACAGGCUGCAAGAGGCCAACCACCAGCUGGAGGCUCAGAUAGCCGAGUGGAGCUUCCGGAAUGCCUCACGCAGCCAGAACUGGUCCAAGCAGGAACAGACCGUCCGGGACCUUCGUUCACAGAUUUGCAAUCUCCUCAUGGAGAACGCCCAGUUGGCAUUACAGUCUGACAACAUGAGAUCCAGAGCUGCUGCUAUCCAAGCCAGGUGUGAGACAGAGGAGAGGACCACCAGACGCCUUGAGCAGCAAGUGUCCCUGUUCAGGGAGGCAAAGCGAGAGGCAGACGAAAGCAACAAGGCACUGCAAGCCGAGUGCCACCGCUCCAUGACACAGCUGCAGCAGAUGGACCAGGAGUUUAUGGCAGCCCAGGCUCUGCAGCUGCAGCAGGCCGACUCCUGCGAUGCUCUGUUAGCAGCAGCAGGAAGGGAGGAGGAGGAUGGCACAGCGAUGGAGCUCACCCAGCUCUUUGACCAAAUCAGAGCGCAGUGCGACCAGAGCAGACCUGCUGGCCUGGCUGAGAGACACCGUGUCCUGGGAACAGCCUCAGAUCCAGCUGCCUGCUUGGUGGGGCCCAGCCAGUCUGGAUCAGGAGCGGCAGCAGCUUCCAGAACACACAGAGGAGCCGUUACUGAGGAGGAGGCAGCAUGGGCGCAGGUGAGCCUUGGAGGAGCUGCGCUGAAGGAGGCACGGGCUGAGCUUGCUGAGGCCAGGAAGCAGUGGCGCUCCCUGCAGGUGGAGAUUGAAACCCUGCAUGCUUUGGAGAAAGGCCUGGAGUGUUCGCUGCAGCACACCCAGGAGCUGUACACAAGCCAGCUGCACGACCUCUCGCAGGUGAUCGUCGGGCUGGAGAGCGAGCUGGAGCAGGUUAGGAGCGGCUUGGCCACCCAACGCCAGCGCCACAGCCAGCUGCUGAACACCAAGAUGAGGCUAGAGCGUGAGAUUACCAUUUAUCGACAGCUUCUGGAGCGAGAAGAGGGCAGGUACGUCAGUCGUCGUGCCCAUCCGUUGGUUCUGCGGCCCUGGAGGUCUCCUGUGACGGAGCCAAAAGAAAAUGGGUUGGAAAACAGCUUCAGUGACUCUGCUGUUACUCCGGAUGAACCAAAAUCUGAACCUCUGCCUGACAUCCCGUCUCUCCUUUCUGCUGACAAUGGACUGAAGAAGAGCAAGCUGUACAGGCAGCAAAGCCUUGUGAUACUCACAGAGCCGGAGCAGGAUAAGGACUUGCCACUGUCCACUGUGAAGACUCAGGAGAUUCUUCAGGGCAACGUGGUGCGGGAGAGCGCAGAAGGUCACGGCACCAUUGAGACAGAGAAGAUUGACAAGGUGAUAAAGCAGUGGGAGGGCUCCUUCUUCAGAGGGAACCCCAAACUGAGGAAGAAGUCUGUGUCGCUGCGCUUCGACUUGCACAUGGCUGCAGCAGACGAGGGCUGUGGCCAAACCAAACAGGACAGCCUCCCCGACGUGGAGGUUCGUCUUAUCAUGAAACGGUCCCGCAGCAUCUCCACCAUCACACAGUGACUCUCGUGCUUUGAGUACACAGUUAUUACCUGUUCGUAGCGGUAUGUGGUGAUGCCAGAGGUGUCGAGGAUGCAAAUGGAACUGCAGCGAUCCCCGAACUCUGGGCUGCAACCAUCCAUUGCCAUCAUGCUUUCAAAUGCAACAUUUACUAAGCUUAGCAUCACAGCUCAUGACUGAAUUUACCUGUCGGAUACGGGUUGUGGCAGGUUAAGUGUUAUAAAAGGAGGCUUUUGUGGUGACCGUUUCAAUAGAGCCGGAGAGAUUUAUAUUCUCUGCAGUAACAUUUAAAGCAUAUCCUUACGUCAUCGGCUUAGACAAAGAGAAAGUGUCUCUCACUUUUUCAGCCUUUGCUGCAUAAUAGGUAUUACAGACUAACACUGACAUUUAAUCCCAGUUAAACUCUACGUGAAGGUAGGAGGAGACUAUUGAAAGCAGACUUGUUCAAGCAGCUACAAACUACCAGAGGGUGCAUUUAAGUGGUGGAUUUUCACUACAGGACUGUAUGAAAAUUAUAGAAGUGACUGAAUUUCGCAUGUUUUUAUUUUAUUUUAUUGCGUAUGUCACCAGCAAACACAGCUAAGACUGUGUUGAUUUUCAGAUUUAUUUUAUUUCAAAAGUCAUAAUCUAAACAGUGAUGCUUUAGGUUUCUUUUCACAAGAUUAUAUAAAUGUUUUAUGAUCUAUAUAAAAAUUAGAGCUGAACAAGUACACUUCUAUUCUUCAUAAGAUAGGGACUAAAUGUUACCUACCUUCUUUCUGUGAUUGAGUCAUUGAUAUUUUUGAAUGAAGAAUAGUCAUAAUAAUCAAUAACAUAAAACCAUCUAAACAAAGUUUCCUGCUGUUUGUGAAGGUAAGCAGGAAUGUAACGAGCCAGGAAAGAGAAAGUUGACUUUAGCUAUAGAGUAACAAAUAUAGAAACUGUAAUGCUUCAUUUUAUCCACUUAUAAUUUUUUGCAGUGUAGUGUCACUAUGUCCUUGGUCAUUGUGUGAUUUCCAUCACUAAUCUUUACAGCUCUACUCACUGCAGUUCAAUUUAAGGGAAACAGUGAAUCAGUUAGACAGUAAAUUGUAAAAAAAAACAAAACAAGUAAAUUUUGGUUUAAUAAAAUAAAUACAACCUCAAAAUAUAGUAAGAUUAUUAAAACAUAAAUGUCUGAAAUAUUUAAGAUUGCAUCCAAUCACUUUUUAGGGAUGAUGCAUUGUUACAUAAGAGCAGGCCAGCCUUAGAGGUUGUAGUAGCACACACCAAAAAAACACAACAGGGUCAGAUUUCAGUUUGUCUUUAUCUGACUCUUGUACUGACUUGGCCCAGAAAAUACCACAAUGUUGAAAUGACCAAAGCGACUGCAUCAUAAUUUUGAACACUUUCUUUUUUAACUGAGUUCAGACUUAUAGCUCUUGAUAGUUCUAUUUGUUUUCAUGUCAAAAGUAGCAAAAAAGGUAAAAGAAAAUCCAAAUACAAAAUUUCUCUCAACAUUCAGGUAGAUGUCGUGCUUCAGUUCUUACCAGCAGUUUUACUCUGAAGUAUACAGCCAUUUGCAUCCUCUUUUUCCACUGUCAGCAUUAUACUUAUAUAAGUCAACAGUGCAGUGGUUAUGGAAAACAUUGGAUUAGUGAAUGGAAGAAAGUCUUACUAAUCACUGUCUUACUAAACAGCAGAAAGGCUUACUAAUCACCACAUAACCUCAGACAGAAAGACCCCAGGCAGAAAUUCAAACCCAUAAAUUUCUUGCUAUAAGGCAGCAAUGAUAAUAACUGUCACUCUGGAGCCCACUGCAGUAUUAAUAUCUAAUGUUUCUUCAUAUAAUCAGUCCAUGUUUUACUCCCAGUCCGUCCUAUCCUCACAUAAUAUAACUUCCCAAAAGUUAUUUAAAUAUGUCUGUCACACCUUUCAAACUCUACAGUUUCUUCUAUCACUUCAGUUUUGUAGAACAACACUACUUAAAUAUACUGUAGGUGGCAUUAAUAUUCUGGUAUACACUCUGUAUAUGAUCUGCCAUUCAUUUGUCUCAGACAAAUGAAUGAGAAAAAACAAGUCACAGUUGCAGCUAAUUAAAGUAUUUCAAAUGGAAAGAUUUUUUUUUUGGUGGCAGAGAAGAGAUCUGCUGCUAAGCAACCACACACACAUUUGACUGGUAUUUAUUGUCAAGAAAGCAAUAUUUUCUCUGCUCACAUCAAACAGGAAACAUGCUUUUACCUGCCUUGAUAAACCUGCCUCUAAAAUAUGACAUUUGCGCUUAGGUUUUGACUGCAAAGGCUAACAGUGAGAACUACUGCUUAUAUCUAAAUCUACAUAUGUGUUUUUCUUUAGAAGAUCUUUUUGUGUGUGUUAUUUCUGCUUCACUGAGUACCAGGUUAAGGAUGAAUAUUUAUUAUCCUGUUUGGUUUGAAAAGUUAGGUAAUGUUAAAAAUAACUGCUUUACUAACUGAAGUAGACAAAAUGGAGUUAGACACAGAGCUGGCUGACAAAAAUGAGCUGAUUUAAUUUCUGUAAUUCAUCUUCCUAGAUACAGUAAUUCGGCCUGAUUGGUAGUUUGGUUGGGAAAAGAUGGAGAGUUUGAGAUAGUCCCAUCAUAUCAUAGUGGCUCUGACUGAAAUAUUUCCAGCCCUGUGAAUUUCUUAACCCAGUAAUUUUCUUACAGUCCUGAAACACGUUGCACUGCAAACCCACACAGCACGUAAGAACGUCUGCACUGAAAAAUAUCCAGAGUUGGAGCACUUUGGUGGUCCUUUGUGAAUGCAGGUAAUUCUCAGACUGAUAAUGUAGAUGUAAUGUACCACUGUGAUCCUAACAGCAGCGCUGCUUUUAAGUAGUAAGUUUCACUUACAAUGUGUUUCUCUGAGAAUCUCGCUUCCCCCUUUUCACCAAUAGAGGACAGCGUUUAUUAAGAUUUACCUCUGCAAUGAAUCCAUCAUACUGUAUUUGUGCCUCCUUAGAUUUUAAGUUUUUAUGCUAAGUUUUGAGUUAAGCCCCGAAGAUGUUUUGAAAAAUAAAAUUCGGACCUAUAGGCAGUAUGUUUAGGUCCUUCAAGGGUGGUUUAAAAUACCUGAAUUUAUCUUAUCUAUGCAGUCCUGUGCUUGAUUUUUGCUCUGCUUCAAGAAGCACACUAGAGGUUUAUCAUUUCAAAUAAAGAGAAAAUGUGCUGA